AAUUGGCCAAACGACAUUUCUCGCACACUCUACCGACCGGCCGACGACGACCAAUAAGAAAAUAAUAAUAUUACAACCGUCGGCAAUAGUCUACACCGCGCGAAACCGACUUUUAUUUUUCAGUACAUAAACAUCUGUUUUAUUUAUACCAUCAUUUUGCCAUUUCGAACGAUUUUCCAAUCGGUUUUCAGCAAGUACACGGGGCCUGUGGACCGGCGCGACCGGACUCGCGGUGGAAUUCAUUCAAGAGCGUACACACUCUGCUACUUGGCUCCAGUUUUUAUCAACUACAUAGAACUCGAUGGCCACAUCGACGACUUUUGCUCAGAUAUGGUCUGGCGUGCAAGUCGAGUGCGAUGAUACCAAACGAAUCGCCUCGGCCAGGACAGCCGUACACCACCGCCCUCAACAGGCACCGCAACCGGCCAAAAAGCUAAGAUACCGCUGGCAAAUCGUCUGGCGCAACGUGAUCGCGUUUGCUAUCUUACACACCGCCGCCGUCUACGGGUUAUACCUGGGAUUGUCGGGAUACAUGUACUUCAAAACGAUCAUAUUCAUGAACCUGAUCGGAUGGUGCAGCGGACUGGGCAUUACCGUGGGCGCUCACAGGCUAUGGGCCCAUCGGUGUUACACCGCCCGGCUGCCGAUGCGCAUACUGUUGGCGUUGUUCCAGACGUUGGCUUUCCAAAAUCACAUCUACGAAUGGGUCCGGGACCAUCGAGUACACCACAAGUUCACCGACACCGACGCCGAUCCGCACAACUCCCUUCGCGGGUUCUUCUUCUCGCACAUGGGCUGGCUGAUGGUGCGCAAACACCCGGACGUGCCCGGCAAAGGCAAGGAGGUCGACAUGCGGGACUUGGAAGCCGAUCCGGUGGUCAUGUGGCAGAAAAAGUACUAUUUAUGGCUCAUUCCGUUCGUGACGUUCUUAAUACCGUCUCUGAUACCGUACUGGUGUUGGGGAGAACCGUUUUGGUAUUCUUUCUUGUUGGUCGGCAUAACUCGUUACAUGAUAUCUUUACAUUGUACGUGGUUGGUUAACAGCGCCGCACACAUUUGGGGCACAAAACCGUACGACAAAACCAUAACUCCCACGGAGAACCCGACGGUGGCGUUUUUGGCUUUUGGCGAGGGAUGGCACAAUUAUCAUCACACUUUUCCAUGGGAUUACAAAGCGGCCGAGUUGGGCAACUACUGGUUGAACGUGAGCACCGCUUUCAUAGACGUUUGCGCCCGGCUAGGUCUUGCCUACAACCUUAAGACGGCCAACCCGUCAUUAGUACUAAAACGUUCGCAGAGAACUGGCGACGACACCAACAAGCGGGUGGAAGUAUGGGGAUGGGGUGACACCGACAUGACCGAAGACGACAAACUUAUAGCAGAAAUCAGUCGGAAAAACGACGAUUAGAGCUCGUUAAAAUUUUUUUUUUUUAAUUUCAUUAUUUUAUUAAUUUUGAUUAGUAUAUAUUUUUUUUUACCCCACUAAUUAAAUGACUAUUAAUACUUUUAUAUUCUUUAGUCGAUGAACUGAACUUAAUAAUAAUAAUUAUAAUGUAUUUUUUUUAAUUUUAUAAUAUAUAAUAGACUUUUUUUUGUAUUAGUGAAUGUUUUUGAUGAAUUUACAAUAUUAUUAGUGAGAAUGUUUUUUUUUUUGUACAUUCAUAUCAUACUUUAACUAAAUAAUGAUAUACACAGAUAUAUUGUGUGUUAUAAUUUAUAAUGGGGUUUUUAACGACAAAAUGUAAUUAUUCGAUCUUUGACCGUUUGAAAAAUAAUUCCCAAUCGCCAAUUAUUGGUCGGCGACACUAUCGAAUAGCGCCUAUUACUUAUUUUAAAAUGUUAAUUAUAUUUAUUUUUUAUAAAAGAUUCACUUAUUCUACUUUUUUACGCUGACGAAUGUAUUAUGAACGCAAGAAUAAAAAAUACUUUUAAUAAAUGCUAGCAGUUUUACAACUGAUGCACAUAAUGUAUACUUAUUUAUACUGUGUUUACUAAUGUUUAAGCUAAAAUAAAUUAUUAAACAAAAUGUUGAAAAACUAUUAUCAGUGUUGUAAUAUUAGAUCAUAAAAAAAAACGAGACGAGACUAACAGUCGCACUACCAUUGAACAGUGCCUCUUUUUCUCGAGUAAAACCCUCGUGUAUUAAAAUAUUUCAGAGAAACGUAUUCCAGUAAAAAAAAUGUUGUUUUCUUAGGAAAUGCGUUUCUAAAAUUAAAUAACUUUAUUAAUGUAUAACGCCUUAAGCGAAUAUUUGAGCAUCAUCAAGUGAUAAUUUAUAAUAUAUAUAUA